AUGGAGUUUGAAGAAGAAGUGUUAGAGCCUGUGAGUCCUAGUGCACAAUACCUAAAGAGCUCGGCGCUUUUGCUCACUAUCCUCGCUGUUCUCGAGUUUGAAGUUCCAGUUGAUGACUUUCAAACCAUGUCACUACUCAAGGAUGUAUUCUUGCCCAUCAAUCCCCGAUUUUCCUCGGUCAUGGUUACAGAUAAAAAAGGAGUAAAAAAAUGGAAGCAGGUUGAAGUAAAGCUCCAAGACCACGUACAAGUCUCCGUUUUCCCCAAUGGAACGACUCUAGAUAUAUACGAUGACUACUUCAAUGAGUAUCUAUCAAUGAUAGCCAUGGAUCAACUUCCACAAGAUCAACCAUUGUGGGAAGUUCAUAUAAUCAAGUAUCCAACAAGCAAUGCAGCUGGGAGUGUAGUAUUGAAGCUGCACCACGCCCUCGGCAAUGGUUAUUCUCUAACGGGAGCUCUUCUUUCUUCUCUACAAAGGGCUGACGAUCCCUCUCUUCUUCCAACAUUCCUUCACGUCAACUAAACUUGAAAUUAAAGGGUGAUCAUGAUUGCAGCUUUCUCGAGUUUCUGCCUCGAAUUUUCUCCGGGGCGAUCAACACUGUAUUAGAUUUUGGAUCGAGCCUUCUA